AUGCGACGGUCAGUUUCAUUACUCUAUAUACUCCUAGUAUCUUCUAUUGAAGCCAGUACAACUUCAACCCCAACUGCCGCUCCGCAACAGACAAUCCUCCCAAGGGACUAUGACCCGCAUAUCACCAUCAACGUCCCAACCAUCUCCAUUCCCCCCGUCUCGAUUCCUCCAGUCUCGAUUCCGAGUCUCAGUUUGGACUUACCAUCCAACACAUGUACGCCCACCAUAGCGCCGGAUAAGAAUGGCUGGGUUCCAGCGUCCGAAUGCAACGCGCUGUACCUCUUCUACCCUUCUUUCGGAGCUGCGAUCGCGUUUUCCGUCCUUUUCGGUAUUAUUAUGGUGACGCACACUGUUCAGGCGGUAGUCUACAGGGUUGGGUUUGCAUGGGUUAUCCUGAUGGGUGCGACGUGGGAAUUUGUGGGAUUCGUGAAUCGCACGCUGAGUAGCCGAGACCAGCAGAGCACCACGCUAGCGACAAUGACCCAACUAUUCAUCUUGCUAUCUCCUUUGUGGGUUAAUGCGUUUGACUACAUGGUUCUUGCGCGGAUGAUCUAUUUCUUCAUCCCGGAUCAUCGAAUCGGCAUCUUCAAGCCCUCGCUCUUGGCCAUGAUCUUCAUUGUCCUUGAUCUAGCAUCCUUCAUCACCCAACUGGUCGGUGGCAGUAUGGCUGGAGUUGGCCAACCCGAGGACCAAAUCAUGAAAGGUAUUCACAUCUACAUGGCGGGGAUCGGGAUCCAGGAGUUUUUUAUCGUGAUAUUUCUCAUUAUCGCCAUUCUGUUCCAUCGCCAAAUGCUCUAUCUCGAUCGCAGGGGAGAGCUGACGGGACUUAAAGCGAAAUGGAGACCCCUCCUAUAUGCACUGUACGCGAGCCUCCUUUUCAUCACCGUGCGCAUCAUCUAUAGACUUGUGGAGUUUUCAUCGGGCAAGAGCGCCUCGAACCCAAUUCCUUAUCACGAAUGGUACAUGUAUGCUUUUGAUGCCACUCCGAUGUUCUUUGCAAUUUCAGUUUGGAAUCUAGCGCAUCCCGGGACUGUCUUACAAGGUCCGGACGCGAAAAUGCCGCCCAGCGGUAUUCGCAAAAUCUUCUGUUUCUGCUGCAGACGACGCAAGCAUAAGGGCAUGCAAAACAUACCUGAUGAUGAAGCACUGCCACUUCGUGAUCGCGCACCGUCACCGUACCGAUGA